AUGUCAAGCCAAAUAAUCAGAAGCGUUGUGCUUCUACUCAGCGCGCUUGCUGUCCCCAUUUCCGCUGUGGAUGUCAUAUCCCGCGACGUCGUCAUCGUCGGCGGCGGAGCAGCAGGCUCCCACGCUGCGGUCUGGCUUCGCGACCACAACAAGACCGUUGCUGUCGUCGAAAGAAGCAGUAGAUUGGGAGGCCACACCGCAGUUUACCACGACCCCUCGACUGGCACGCCCAUUAAUAUUGGCGUCCAAGCCUGGAUGGAGUACCUCAACACAACGUCCUUUCCGCACCGCAUGGGCGUCGACACAAAUGGGUCCAUGCAGUUUGAGAAUCUUACACCACACUACGUCGACUUCAGCACUGGUCUCCCCGUCUCUUACACACCGCCUUCCCCAGCGGCCGAAAAAGCUGCACUUGCAGACUUCCUCUCACUCUGCGAGAAAUACGCAGACCUGAUGCUCCCCGGCUUCUUCCACUUCCCCUCCGCAGGCAGCAACAUACCCGAGGACCUUACCAUGGACUUUGGCGCCUUCGUGCAAAAGUACGACCUGCAGGCUGCGCUCCCGAAACUCUGGACCAGCACGGUAAUGGGCGUCGGCGAUUUCCUGCGCGUGCCCACGCUGUACGUGAUGCAAGCUUCCGGCCUCGUCAUGGCGCGUGCGAUGCUGGGCCAGUCCAGGGCUAUCGUGCCGUCGUCAGGGAACUUGCACGAGCUGUACGAUCGCGUGGCUGACUUGAUAGGCGAGGACGUGCUGUACGACAGCAUCGUUGUAGGCGCCACGCGGAACGACUCGGGCGUCGAGGUGUGGGUGAAGCACCGGGACGGCAACGAGACGCAAAUAGUGGCCAAGAGGCUGCUUGUGGCGUUCGAGCCGUCGCCCGUUGCGCUCGCGCCGUUUGACUUGGACGAUGAAGAGGCGGAUGUGCUGUUCAAAUUGCGGUUCUCAAGUGUGCAUGCGGGACUGGUGCAGCAUCCUAGUCUGGGCGGACUGCAGCAGUGGACGAAUACGGUGCCUGGUGCGGCCGGGGGGGAUUUCUCUGCUUAUCCACUGCCGGCGCAGGUCGGGAGGAUUGCGCAUCAGCCUGGGGGUGGAGAGGAUUUGUUUGCGUUUACGGCGGUGGGGACGGAGGAGGAUGGAGCGGAGAGCAUUCAAGGUUUGAUUGCGCAGGCAGUUGAGAGUAUGGUGAAGGCCGGGACGGUCAGCGCGAAGAAUGGCAGUACGACGUUCCCGUACUUUGCGAAUCAUGGGCUUAUGCAUUCGAGGGUGUCAGGGGAGGAGUUGAAGAAGGGGUUCAUCACGAGACAGAAUGCGUUGCAGGGGAGACGAGCAACGUGGUAUACCGGAGCGGCUUUCAGUGCAGGGUUCUCCACCGUGUUGUGGGCUUAUAAUGAGGUCUUGCUGCCGAGAGCUAUUGAGGGACUGUAG